UCGCAGACUGAUCUACUGCGCAUGUACAAGGACCCCUGCAUGCCAGUGUGACCAAAUGGCUUGUGGAAAAUGCAGCGCUGGAAGCCGUAAACAAAAUUAAGACCAUAUUUGAAGAUGACAGAUCGGAGGAAUAUUACAUUCUGUUUCCACAUCUGAGUCCAGUUCUGCCUUCACUAUGCGGGGACGGGAGGCUGGACGUUUGACUUGAGAAACUAUUUCUCAAGGUGUUGCAAGUUGACGUUGCAUACUGGAAAUCGGUUGCUGUCCACAGAAAAGCGCAACAUUGGCUAGCUACUGGUUUUCUCUGGAGACGUUUAAUGACACUGCGUUGACGGCAAGCUAACUGCUAUGGCUCGGAUACAAGGAAAUGGUCUCCAGGCGGUGGAUGGCAGAAGCUUGCGCGGCACCACAGAGAGCCUGUCUAACCCUGAAGACAACUCCUUCGGCUCCGACUCCGAAGUCAACGGCUUUGCCAGCACUGAAAGGGAAACCGACAAAUACGGAUUUAUCGGAGGGGCGCAGCAAAGCAGCAGCGAGUCGGCUGAGGACGUCCCGCCGGAGGUGCUGAGGCAGCGGGAGGUGAAGUGGUUGGACAUGCUCAACCACUGGGACAAGUGGAUGGCCAAAAGACACAAAAAGGUGAAGCUGAGGUGUCAGAAGGGCAUCCCCCCCUCGCUGCGGGGACGGGCGUGGCUGUACCUCUCCGGGGGGAAGGUGAAGAGGGAACAGAACCAGGGAAAGUUCCAGGAGCUGGACAGUCAGGCUGGGGACCCUAAGUGGCUGGAUGUGAUUGAGAGGGACCUGCACAGGCAGUUCCCCUUCCACGAGAUGUUCGUGGCCCGGGGGGGACACGGGCAGAAGGACCUGUUCAGUGUGCUGAAGGCCUACACCCUGUACAGACCAGAGGAGGGUUACUGUCAGGCCCAGGCUCCUAUCGCUGCUGUGUUGCUCAUGCACAUGCCUGUGGAGGAUGCUUUCUGGGGUUUGGUCCAGAUCUGUGAGAAGUACUUACCCGGAUACUACAGUGCAGGCCUGGAGGCGAUCCAGCUGGAUGGGGAGAUCCUGUUUGCCCUGCUGCGGCGCAUCUCUCCCCUGGCACACCGGCACCUGAAGAAGCACAAGAUGGACCCCAUCCUGUACAUGACGGAGUGGUUCAUGUGCGCCUUCUCCCGCACCCUGCCCUGGGCCUCGGUGCUGCGCAUCUGGGACAUGUUCUUCUGCGACGGUGUAAAGAUCAUAUUCCGGGUGGGCCUGGUGCUGCUGAAGUGCAUGCUGGGAUCUCAGGAGAAGCUGAAGAAGUGCCCGGGGCAGUACGAGACCAUGGAGCUGCUUCGGGCCAUCGAGCCUCGCUACAUGCAGGAGAGCUUCCUGGUCCGGGAGGUGCUGGAGUUGCCCGUGUCGGAGCGCGACAUCGAGAAGGAGCACCACUCCCAGCUGCGUCGCUGGAAGGAGACGCACGGCGAGCUGAGCUGCAAGUCCCCUCCCAGAAUGCACGGCGCCCGCGCCAUCAUGGACGCCGAGCCACCCAGCCGGCAGGACCUUAGGCAGAAGCCCACCAUCAUCGUGGAGUACCCCCCGGCCCCCUCCUCGGUCCGGGACGGGAAGGAGGAGAAGGAGCCGGAGAGGGAGAAGGGAAUGGAAAACACGGAGCACGCACCCCUUUACCACGUACACAGCGAGGCCCCGCCCCUCCGCAAAGACACGGCCCUCGCCGGCUCCACCCAGAGCGUCAGCAGCGCAGAGCAGGACACCUACCUGUAGCUCGCCCUCCGGAGGCAUGGGGUGGAACUGCGGUCGCGGUUGGCAGGGAGGGGCUGGGCAUGAAUGCUGAUUACUUGGCCUCAGAGUCUUCAGGCUCAUUCCAGUCACUGAUUUUUUUUUACUCUUGAUCUGGAAAUCGAUCGAGGUUGUACCAUCUAUGAGGACCUUUCAACCCAUUAAAUGUUUCUUCGAGGAGCGAAAAGUAGAAGUUAGGAACUCCCAAUCUUUCAAGAAAGAAAAGUGUCAAGCAAGAAAACAUCAGUGUAUCCUUGGAAGUAUGUUUUUGGAAAGCGUGAUGUAUAAAUGAUUGACCUGUGGAUCCAUCUGCCACAUCUGUAACAUGUUUUCUCAGUUCCUCCAUAUUCCCUGCCACUUCUUGCCUCUCCCGAUGAGUGGAGCUGGGAGUAGGAAAAAAAAAAAAAGAGUUUGGAAAGAGCCCCUGGUCUAGACCCUAGCCCCUCCAACUUGACCUUCUGCGACCCUCCUGACCCAGGCCGUUUACAAACAGUGACCCUCCACUGACCCUCGAUGCAAAGCUGUCUAUAGAGUCUUUAUUUUUUAUAUCUCACUGCAGCAGUCUGAGCGCUGUUUGUAAACGUAGAAAACAAGAAAAAAGCUACUGAUCUGAGACCAGACCAACCGAGUGCUAGACCAAACCCCCAAGCACUGAUCUGGGAUCAGCUAACUGAAUGCUAACCCUCUCCCAAACCCCCUUGUGCAAAAGAAGCUCAAGCUGAUCUCAGGUCAGGGCUGGAGGACACUCCUCCAUCUCUCCAUUCAGGUCUUCCACAUCAUUCCUUUUUAGGGACUUGGCGAGGUCUCUCGCAGCCUCUCCAAGCCCUGUACCAGCGGCCAUCUUGUAUUGGGUCUUAUUUUUGAGCUGUCAUUCAUGUGGGAAGAACAGCCGCAGGACUUCGACUGUGACAUCAUGGAGGAUAAUGGCAGAUAUACAAUGCAGGAGAUUGUGCAGUCAAUCAGCUAGGGUUGGGGAGAUGGUUUUGCGUAGUUUCUUUUUUCAUGUCAUUGGAUCAAUGUUAUCUGAUCUCCAUGACCAAGUGCCAACUCCCCUUCCUGCAGGGGAGGAAAUCUCCCAUGCAAGUGCCAACCAGUCCCCAGCCCUACUAAGCUUCGCCUGUCUGAUGGGAGAAGGCCACAGCGUAUCCUUACAGCAGUUAUUUCAAACUCAAUCCCACGGAGGGCUGUGUGUAUGCCGGUUUUUAUUCCAGCCUCAGAUCUUAAUUACACACUCACUGAGCACUUCAUUAGGAACAUAUGUACACCUACUUAUCCAUGCAAUUAUCUAAUCAGCCAGUUGUGUGGAAGCAGUGCAAUGCAUGAAAUCAUGCAGAUACGAGUCAGGAGCUUCAGUUAAAGUUUACAUCAACCAUCAGAAUGGGGAACGAAACGUGAUCUCAGUGGCUUUGACUGUGGAAUGAUCGUUGGUGCCAGACAGGGUGGUUUGAGAAACUGCUGAUCUCCUGGGAUUUUCACGCACAAGAGUCUCUAGAGUUCGCAGAGUAUGGUGCGGAAAACAAAAAACAUCCCAUGAACAGCAGUUCUGCAUUGUUAACGAGAGGUCAGAGAAGGGCCAGACUGGUCAAAGCUGACAGGAAGGUGACAGUAAUGCAAAUAACCACACAAUACAACAGUGGUAUGCAGAAGAGUAUCUCUGAAAACACAACAUGUCAAACCUCUAAUUGGAUAGGUUACAGCAGCAGACAACUUAAGUCUAAAAAAAUAAUAAAGUGCUCACUGAGUGUAUAAUUAGCUCAAUUAUUUGCUGAAUUAGGGCCUUAAGGUUUGCACAUAGUGUAUAUAAAAUGUGUUAUUUGUAUUGUCUAAAUAGCAAUCGCUGCUUGUAUUCUGUGCUUUAAUUCAGUUAAAUGCAUAUGGCUGACUGAGUAAUGGGAAUCAGUUAUGGCAGUGUUAAUUCGCACGCACACGGCCCUCUGUGGCAACGGGUUCGAGACGACCGCUGCGUAGCCUGGCUUCACUUCAGCUCUCUCCGGGGGAUCGAUGUUCUCUCCCGUUCCUUAUCCCAUCCUCCAGAGAGAGGCUUAUGCGUCUCGCGUUUCAUACAUACCUUCCCUUGACACCGCUUGGGUGCUCACUGAGGCGGGUCAGGCUAAGCAUCUUUCCCAAAGUUUCAGUGGCACUGCCCCGCCUGGGGUUCAUACCUGCAACCUCCCAGUUCCAUGACAUUACCCUGCUGCCAGGUCGUUCCGUUAGCCGCUCUCACUUGUCAUUCAAUCAGCCUUAAGCUCGGGGGAUGGUGGCGGGUGAUUUCACCAGCGGUAUGGGAUGGCGAUAAGUUGUAGUGAAUAUUCCUGAGCACUAGAGGGUGCUGUUUGACAGCAGUUCCCUUCAGUUUUAAGCAUUCCUCUUCAUCCAGCUUCGAUAGCAUUCAUCUGCCCAGUUAAAACAUUCCACAUUCUAAUGGACUGGGAAGCCUUUCACAAAGUCAUUAUUUACCCUCUUAAACCACAUAAAAUAGCCAAACAGAAUCAGAACUGUGACAUUUUCAUGGUCGUGGUAGAAACGGUCACGCAGAGCGAGACAUUCAUUCUACGCACCCCCUGUAUUCCAGCCCUUUUCCAGAGCACUGUUCCGCAGAUGGGUUUAAUCACAAAAUGGCCGCCUGGGUUGAGUCGCUGCUCUCCCCUGUGGGUUUUAUACGCUAGGAAGGCCACUUCUUUAUCAACAGCCUGGGCCUUGGGAAGUUCCAUAUCAGAACUGUUCUUUUUCAAUGACACAUCCAACUUUCCAAGCUGGGAAGAGAACACAAUAUUUAGAGUAAAUGGCUGGAAGUGGUUGUUUGAAUUGUUUGGCAAUGAGCAAAAUUUGUUAAGAAUUGGCAUUGGAAUGUAGCAAAUUGAAUUACAAACUCCAGUUCCUACCAAUCUCUAUAAAGUGUAGUGACCUCUUGAAAGCUGUAGUUUGAUCGUGAAUUGGGUGUUUUGUUUUUUAUAUUGAUUGCCUCAUUCCUUAAUACAAAUCAACAAAGAACAAUCAGACAAAUGCAGUUUCAAUAGUUUUGUUGUAUCUCAUUGCAAAAUCUCAUCGUGAAUCCAAGCAUUCAUUUAGAGAUCUGUUCAGGAAUUUGACGACUUUUAUUUUAUUAUUUUUCUUUACUUCUGUUUCUGCUUUCCAAGCAUACUGCAGUGUAUUGACUUCAUGCAGUGAAUCAUGGGAAAUGUAGUUCUGUUCUGCAUGAUAGUUACAGGAUGAAGCAGGAAAGGGCACUAAGUGGAAAAUUAACGCUCUCCUCAGGCCUGUGUGUCUGAAUCCGUCUCUGCACUGGGAGUUCCUGGAAUGAGAGGUGCUGUUUGAGAGACCACUUGAAAAAACGGGAACGUUUCACUGGCAGAAAUGACGGGAUAUAUGUGUAUGUAAAGUAGCCAAAUGGCACCACGGACUUCGAAUCAUUUAUGCUUUUAUGUACAAAAUUAUUUUUUUCAUACCUGUAAAGAUUUACAUUCUUGUAUAUAACAUAAAGAUAACAGACUUACGACACUAUAGAUUUAUAAAUUAAAUCUUUUGUAAAGCUUAAAGUUUUUGUUGAUGGGAGGAAUGUAUGAGCUGUUUUUCUUGGUUUCUUUCUUGCUCAUAGGAAAGUACAUUAAUUCAGAGCUGUUAUGUGAAUGCUUUUUUCAGGGCAUCUUUACUAUGGAAUACUGUGGCCUGCCUGGUGUGCUGUCACACUCGCUCUGCUGGAGGGAAACCAGUGACCAGCCUUCUUACGCCCUCACCAAGCCCAACAUGUUCACUCAUGAUUGGCUCAGCGCUAGCUUGCGUGUUCCAGUACGUCCCAUUCUUAUUGGUGCCCACUGAGGUCACCUAUGACCAUUGUUGGCUUUUGUAUGUAUAUAUAUAUAUAUAUAUAUAUAUGACCCGACCAUUAAUCCACACUAACCACUGCAACUCCGACCAAAGCUCUUUACACUCACCAGCCCGUGUUCUGUUAUUAAUUUGUUAUUGUUAAUGUGAUCAGCGGAUAUACACUCCAUUUAAUGUUAAAACUCUGACCGCACAGUCCCGCAGUUCCUGGAGCUUUGCUGGAACACACACCACUCCAAAGGCCUGGUCCUUUCCUCCAGUGAGCGAUCGUGUUGACGUGCCACCGUACGAUAGGUUCACAUACCUCUCAGGAGGUGUCCUCUUUCCCCAAAACCAGCAUCAGGAUUUGAAGGCCUUGAAGUGUUUUCUCUGUGAAUGUUUUAGAACCCACCAAGCUUUCCUGAUCUCCAGUAUUGAGAGACAGGAGGAAGGAUUUUUCUUUUGUUUUUAAUCCAAAAUCUGUUCUGGUAUCUAAUGCUGUAGAAAAAAAGACACAUUUUACAGUGAAUAAAUUUGAUACUAUUAUAACA